CAGUAGCUGUUCGUCCGCAGAUCGCGUCGGACGUCGCAAGCUUGUAUGUAACGCGAAUUCAGCGCUGUCUGCGGGUACGUAAAGCCUCCGUGAGUCAGUACGGGCACACCUUAACGCCCUUUGGCAAAGUGAAGCAGCAGGAAACUGUGCGUGAGUGUGUGCGCACACGCGCGCGUAUAAAGUGUAGCGGCCCGAAGACACGAACCGCCCCGAAGGUCGUGCGUGCGUACGAUCGCGCAAUUUUGUCGUGCGGCCCUUUACCCAUUUGCGGCUGGUUGGACGGUUUUUUCACCAACCGGUCCGGGCCCUGUCGUCGUCGUUGCCGUCGCCGCCAUCAUCCGUAACUAUCCAUUGCGCGAGGUGUUAAGGUGUCGAAAAUUGCCGGUUCUAGUUUCAGGUGGCACCUGCCGUCACCAGGUGGUGUGAUGUUAGUUGCUCGCGGUGAAGGUGCACACAGCGCACAAGGUGGUGCAUUGGUGCAUUUGCAGGGUACAAGGUGCUGUUUGACGCGCAGUUUGCUGCCAACUGAGCUAAUCUACUUAGCUCUAGUGCAACGGCGGAGACGGGGGUUGGCAAAGGGACGUGGCGGCACGAGCGCAUACGGGGCAGCCUGAUUAGUGUGCGAAUGAUUAAAACCGAUCAACCGGAAUGGUUCUAAUUGCGAGACCCUGACAGCUCAUCAGUUGGUGGCGGAUGUAGCGAAUUGGACGAAUCGCUUCAAUUGAUAAUGCGAUAUCGCCUGCGUAUCGAUCUUUGAGAUAGAGAGAAUUUGUGUGUGUGUGUGUGUGAGAGAGAGAGAGAGUGAGAUAGAGAGAGAGAGAGAGAGAGAGAGAGAGAGAGAGAUAGAGAGAGAGAGAGAGAGAGAGAGAGAUAAAGUGCAAACGGUUUGAGAUAGUUGAAAAGAUGCCACCAAAGACAAUAUCAGCAACGGUGCCUACAAUUACUAGAGUGAACAAUUGAGAGCCUCACAGCCUCAGCAUUUUAGGAUCGAUUACAGCAGAGGUUGGCAAACAUUCCAACGAAAGAUCCAAAUGUCGCGUUUGUUGCUGCUAAGCUUUCACCUUCCUAAAUACAACACGCUUUAUUCUUUUGCUCAUUACAAAGAAAUUUACUUCUUUGCAGAACUUUUUCAAGUUUAUGUAUUUUACUUCAAUUUGACUGAUCAUAUUAGGAUUAUUUCAAGUCUUCAACAUUGGAUAAAAUAAACCUUCGCAUAGGACAGAAUAAGUUAAGUGUUCCGGGGUUUUAAGUACUUAUUGCAAAGAUUUCGAUCGUCAAAAUCCUGAAAAUAACAUAAACAUUUCUCCCCGAGCAGUCCGUAACAAUUGGUAUAGGAACCAGUUGUACCUUAAUAUCCCUCAAAAACGAUUCAAAGCAAUUAAUAAUUUAAUCAUGGUUAAUUCAACUUGGUUCUAAUUUUGGAAAUUUUACGUUUAAAUCUUGUAGAAGGUGGAAAUCUUUUGGUUGAAAUCUUGAGGUUGAAUCUUGAGAAGUGCAAUAACAAUGUUCUCAUCACAGUUCAAUUGCAAAAUGUUCGCGCGACCCGGACGCUUCUCGAGCCGUAACUUGCCAACCCCUGGAUAAGGGCAUCUCUCCUGUAGUCGAAGGCAUGUGGAGCGCGUAACAUUUUGGGGAACAAGAUCUCCCGUCUAGUUUCACCUGUGUGUUCAAUACAACUCGCCAUCCUCAUCUUUCUCUCUUUCUCUCUCACAUACACACUCUUAAACGCUAAAACGAUAGCUCAGUUGCCGUCUCUUGUGUGUUAUUCCAACCCUCCAUCACUCUCUAGACUCCGCUCGUUUCGAUCGAUUAGAUGUCGAGAUCGAGAGCAAGAUUGACGACGCGGUCCUAUCACGGGCCCGAGCCAGACCAACUUCGCCAGAUGGUGAUCGGUUCCUUCAAUCAUUCCGUUACGUGCAGCUCGACCGUGUGCAGCGACAACUGCACCAGAGACUGCUACAGGGGCUCGCCAUCGACCCCAGUGCGUGUGUGUGUACAGAGGACACAGAUCGUUGCAAUCUGCGUCGAGAUCUGGAGCGACUAAUUAGCACCAGCCGCAGCACCCCUAUUCUGUUGGCAAAGUACGAUCAAGCCGCAGUGCGUCGCCGUGGUCGCCUCCGAUCGAGAUCUCCGCGUGGCGUUCAGAAAAUAUCGUGAAGAUCGCGAGGUCGGACGAGCGCGCGCGCGCAGACAGCGAAACUGACAAAAACGGCGGGGGACGGCGGUCUGCAGCGUGGCGAUGGGAAAAGGGUGUACAAGGGCGCGCGAAAAGAUACGCCAAUUUGUAGCUGUGUGCAUGUGUUUGUGUAUUUUUGUGUUUGUGUAAGUGUGGUGUUGGUGGUGCCAUGCAGUAAACCGCGGGUUCGUCGCCUCUGGCCCGAAGGCUUUUCGCUGCUGCAGUUCGGCAAUCUGUUAGCAAAACACGCGUUUACGGGUGCUGCCGGCUGCGGAACGGACCACCGGAAGCGCCAGUUCGAUCGGGACGAGUGUAAACAAGUGGCCUGGCAGGGUUGGGGCCCACGGCCGGAUGUGCCCAGCCGGUGACUGGGGACGUUUCUCGGUGAAGCCUCGCGCCCCGUCUGAUGCCACGCCGUGAACAUGGGCUCGUAUGACCUUUGGAAUGGGAAGGGGGAGUGCGGGCAUCGGGCGCGCUUGUGGUGAGGACGGUGACGGGCACACACACACAAGAAGGGCAACUGCGCUCGCUGCGUGUCUGUGUGUGUGUGUGUACUGCGGUUUACGCAAGGUUAUUUUUCCAUUCCAGCGACAAUGUGCCGCCGUUUUCUGCGGGUAUUGUGUUGCGCGGUUUGCCGUCGAACGGAACAGCGAGUAGAGAGCCUUCAGGCGGCCUGGUUGACGAGUUCGAGUUCGAGGCUCAGCUUUACGUGUACGGGCUUUGGCGUAUUGCCGAUCAUACGCAAACAAAGUUGGCGCAAACCCUCCAAGUGGCGGUGUGUUAUUCUUUCCCCCAGCUGUGCUAAGCAGAUGAACUGAACCGUCUAACGUACAUAGCGGACCAGUAGUGUGUGUAUGUGUGUGUGUUGAUGUGUUUUUAUUUGCGCAAUUUACUACCACUCCCUUCAACUGCCACCCACGGGGGUGCGGGAGGUUUUUAUCGCUGGGCGCUUUCACUGGUGUGUAGCUCGCGUCGAUUAUUCCCUUUCCGGGGCAUAUACAAAACACGUUUCUGGCGUGCAAAACGCGUCGCCGCGAUUCCGACAAGCAACAUUGAUCAUCGUCUACUGGGCGAGGCGUGUAGUGAGAGUGUGUGUGUUUGCAGUGACUUAAGUGCCACCGUAAGCCACGAAACCUUGUGGGCAGAAAGAAUUUCGCCAGGAAUGUGCAACGGCCGCCGCCGCCGCGCGUCAGCUGUGGGGCGCAGGUAUGGCUGCGCACAGGUUAACGGUACGGAGCCUACGGAUUCGAACGCGCAAGUCGUAGCGCUACCGUACGGCCGUACAAAGGGGGAGGACCGCGCCGACCUGAAGGUCGCAACCGUGCGCCACCGUUGCUUUCGUGUCGGGCAGCCCGCGUGCGCUACUGUUUUGCGUACUAAUGCGCUGUAACAUGUGCGAUGAGUAAUUGAUGCCAUCGUUCACUGUAGCUGCCACUAGUUUCUUAAGAGAUGGUGGUUAAAACGUUUUAUAUUUGCCAUAAUGUCCCUUUUUCGUUGUGAUGGUGUCUUACAACAAAAAACAACAAAUAUGACAAGACACCUUCACAGCAUUUAUCCAUUUAUGAACGUCGAACGUCAUUUCAUUCGCGAUUAUUUUGUCUCGUCUCCUACCAACCCGGGUCGGUCCCCGGUUCCCCGGUACGAGUGCGUGUUAACAUAUUUGGAAUUCCAUUGUCGCCAACACCGCUGGCACGACGUGAAAUGUGAAAUUUUAUUAAAGCCAUUUGCGUGCCCCAGUGCGGCCAAAACGGCGGGCAACGGCUGGUCUUUAUAUGGCCCGUGUGUGCUAUAAAGAGGUAGUUUAGCGGAGAAGCGAGAGAUGUUGGCUGGAUGGUUGGUCGGACGGCAGUUCCUUAAUUGGUGUGUGGAAAGAACUGGUCGGGCCAUUUUUUUUUUGUACAAAAAUGGAUGAUUUUGUGUAUUUUGAAUUGUUUGUUUAUUGUACGCGAAUGUGAAGUGUGUAUGUGUUUGUAAGUUAGCAAUAGCGAGUUCGUCCUGAGUUCAAAUCUUGGUGACGAGCUGGAUUUCGCUUUGUUUGGUGGAUUGAUUUUUAAAUGGCGCUUUAAUACACUUUCGUGCUGUGUUUCUUGCAUCUUUCGUUGAGAUUCAUUUGUUUACGUCUUCAGUGUUUGGUAAUGCGAAUCGCGGAAGGAGUCUCCAAAAAUGUAUGAAACUCCAUAGAUUCGCAAAUCUUCUGAUACCUUUAAGCAUUCAUCAACCUUCGGAGAUUCAGAAAUCUUUAGAGAUGUGUCUUUGCAAAUUCUGAGAUAUGCGAAUCUUGAGUCAUGGUUUUCGAAUAUUUAGUGGUCUUUGAGAAUUCAUGCAUCUUUGAGAGUUCAUGGAUCUCAAAAUUUGAGGUUCAGAUUCAACGAUUUACUUUGAUGAUUCUUUCAGAUUCUUGAAUCAGAGCUACGCAUCAUUCUUAUACAUUAUUUCCCUGUGGUAUUGAUUGAAACUCUUAUCGAUCUUGAGCUCCAGCCUUACAUCGAUCUAAACGAUCUCCAAAAAACGAAAACGAACUACACAGCCUUACACAAGAGAGUACAAUUAUAAUAGAGUUGGCUUGUGCCGGAUGGAUACGACCUUGUUGGAACUAUCUCAAUUUCCAUUCGGUUAUCGGGGUUCAAUUCUACAUGCGUGCACUUAAAACUAUCAUAUCAUGCAAAUAGACACAACAUCUCCAUACAUCACCAAGAGACACAACAUGCUCCCUUGGAAAGGUCUCAUCACCCUUGCGCGAUCGAUGCGUUCCGUUUAUCUCGUGCGUACGAUCAAGUCGUUUCUUGCAAUGUAUUUCCCAACAAGCGCCCGCGACAUUGACUUAAGAGCCCUGCUACUUCCAAAAAGAGCGAAUGUCAUUGUACACGCAUGACAGGACCGUUCCGUAACCCUUCCGUUCCCUGCCGUAUCGUUCUCAUCUGCGAAAGCUCCUAGAGCUCGUGUCGCUUGCCGCCAUCUCGUCAGCGAUAUCCAUAAAGUACGACCUUCUUCUGUUGUGCUGAUGAUGGUGAAGCCCAAAUAGGUGGAUAAGCUAUCGGAAGGUUGAAUGUCACCAAAGUGGUGAGGUUCCACGUUCAGCGACACGUACGCAAGAGGUUCACGGGAACGCAAAUGCGGAACAAUGCACAAAAGGCUGCAGUGGCAUUGGAGCUUAGGAGUUUAACUCACACUGAACAUCUUACAGCAACGCAAUGCAGUAGUAUGGUGGUCCCGAAGUAGUGCUGUGUACGUGACUGUGUCAGUGAAUCAUCGUCAACGCAUCUAAUAGCAAACUGAUGAGCUCAACUUGAGAAAGGGUGGAGUGAAGUGUCACACGCGGCGGAAUUCCUUAGCGAACGUCGGUGCUGUGCUCCGUGGAUGUUUCAAGCUCAGUGUUAAUGUGUGUGUUUGAAGUUGAUAGCAACGUUCCAGUAGUAGAAGUAGAAGAAUUCGAUGCGAAAUGGCCAGCGGUGCGAUAAACCAGCCAGCGCUCGCCGGGUGCGGUCGGGCAGCCACCGGUGAACCGUGCGCCACCGUGCCGCUCAAGUUUAUCUACGUGCCGCAGAAGCUCGAAGUGUACGAGUACGAGACGGCCAUCUUUCAGUGCAUCAUCGAGGGCUACCCGACGCCGGCCAUGGCCUGGCAGCGCAACGGCGCCCUGCUCGCACCCUCGCGCACCAUUUCGAUCCAGAGCAAGGGCUCCCUGUGCACGAUGAAGAUCCAGUGCGUGAGCGCGAAGGAUGCCGGCCCGUACCAGCUGGUGAUCGAGAACGAGAGUGGCCGGGUGGAGCGCACGAUCGAGCUGCUGGUGCUCGAGAAGAUCCGCACGAUCAAUCGGGUGAAGCGGAACAGCGAGCCGGCGGCGAGCAGUAUGCGCAUCUACCGCCACAUCAACGACUAUUCGCCCCAGGUCGGCGAGUACAUCGUGCUGAACGCGGAGUACUACGCACCGUCCAUACCGGCCGUGCGCUGCUUUCACAACGGGCGCGAGCUGGACGAUGGCCGGAUAUUCCAUCGCAGCGUCAGCCAGCGCAACGUGUCGCUCGUGCUGGAGAAGGCGAAGGCGAGCGAUUCCGGCACGUACACGUGCGUGCUGGAAACGAUCGACGGCUGCAUGAAGGUGAUGUCGGCGGAGAUCGACGUGCAGGACCCGAAGUGGUCGGUACCGGUCGGGCAGCUACCGCGGAUUGUGCACGAGCUGCCGAAGGUGAUCACCGUCACGGAGGGAACCGAGGUGGAGCUCAGCCUGGAGCUGCAGUGUGCCGAGCUGGUCAAGUGUUCGUGGAAGAAAAAUGGCCGCCCGGUGAAGGAUUCGACCGACUUUGCGUACAUCGAUCACGGUAAUGGCAAGUUUGGACUACGACUCAAGGACCCGUUCCUGGACGAUGCCGGCCUGUACGAGUGUUGCAUCGAGGCGGCCAAGCAGCAGCUUACCUCCAGCUGCUAUCUGGACGUGCUCGAGCUGGACCAGCAGCAGCAGCCGCCACCGAUGGACUGCGAUCACCGGCCGCCGGUGCGCUUCGUACGCUUCCCGCUUUCGCAGAUCGCGCUCGAGGGCGACAACGUGGAGUUUUGCGCGUGUGUCCAUCCGCCGGACAUGCGGGUACGGUGGUACGUCCGGGGCAUGGAAAUUACCAGCGGUACCAAAGGAUUUUCGAUGGAGUCACGCGACGAUGGAGCGAACAUUCUGCGAAUAUUCAACAGUGCGUACCGGCAGAGCGGCGAGGUAAAGUGUUGCAUCCCCUCGACCGAGAGCGACCGGCAGGGCCAGCUGUGCGCGUACGCCGACCUGUGCGUGCUGCCGAAGGCGUACGUCGGUGCGUGCGAGCGGCAGGAAAUACGGCGGGAAAUCGAACGGUACGGCGGCAGUCAGCAGAAGCUGCGCUUUCUGCACUGCCUGCAGGACGAGGUGGUACUGCAGGGCGACGACGUGAUCAUAGAGGCCUGCUAUCAGGGCCAGCCACCGGCCGAGCUGCGCUGGAAGCGAUCGGGCCGAUUCAUCACCGAUAGCAAUGCCAGCACGAGCAAUCUACCGGGCCGCACCCGGCUGCUUCUAACCAACAUCGAGCCGGCCCAGGGCGGUAAGUAUAGCAUCCAGCUCGACAAGGCCUGCCCGGAAACGGAGCUGUCCAUGUGUUUGCGCGUCGAGUCACCGCCGGAACCGCCUGCCGGACGGCCGACAGUGGCCCCGCUUAGCCCAACCGCCCUGACCGUAUCGUGGAAUCCUGCCCCGUACGAUGGAGGAAGUGCCAUAACUGGAUUUGUGAUCGAGAUGGAACAGAAUGGCGAAGACCGUUGGAUCUGCGUCAAGCGUGUGCCGAACUCGUUUUCCUGUGUCAUUGACAGCUUGCAGCCGGACGGCUCGUACCGGUUUCGGAUACGGGCAGAGAACGUGCACGGCACAAGCCAUCCGACACCGGCCAGCGAACCGGUAUCGGCACAGCACGAGGCCAAACGUAUCAACGGCACGUCGGAGACGCGCACGAGCCUGCUGGCCGCCAGUCCCACCUCGAGCGGGGCAAGCUUCGGCAGCGACGUCGGCAACGGCGAGUCUGGCGGGUACGCGGACCACGAGGGUGACGGUGGCGAGAGCAAUAGUCAGCACCAGCAGCAGCCGUGUCCCGCGACGCUGACGAUCGCUUCCGGCGGUGACUUUAACGAGCAGUUCGAGGUGGUGAAGGAGGUGGGCAAGGGACGGUUCGGCGUGGUGUACAAGGUGAUUGCCCGGCAGGGCGAGGCGGGCACCGUGCUCGCGGCCAAGAAGGUCAAGUGCAUCCGGCUGAAGGACAAGGAGCGCGUCUGGCAGGAGACGGCGAUCAUGGAGAGCCUGGAGCAUCCGAAGCUGCUGCGGCUGUUCGCCACCUUCGAGCUGCCGAAGGAGAUCAUCAUGGUGGUGGAGUACAUCUCCGGCGGCGAGCUGUUCGAGCGCGUGGUCGCGGACGACUUUACGCUCACCGAGAAGGACUGCGUGAUCUUCGUGCGCCAGAUCUGCCAGGGCGUGGAGCACAUGCACAGCCGCCAGAUCGUGCAUCUGGACCUGAAGCCGGAGAACAUUAUGUGCGCCACCAAAACGAGCCACGAGAUCAAAAUCAUCGACUUCGGUUUGGCGCAGCGACUGUGCGCGUCCAGCCCGACGCGUGUGCUGUUCGGGACGCCCGAGUUCAUUGCGCCGGAAAUCAUCAACUACGAACCGAUCAGCGUACAGUCGGACAUGUGGAGCAUCGGCGUGAUCUGCUAUGUGCUACUGUCCGGCCUGUCGCCCUUCAUGGGCGACAACGACGUGGACACGUUCAGCAACAUUACGCGCGCCGAGUACGACUUUGACGACGAGGCGUUCGAUCUGGUGUCGGACGAGGCGAAGGAAUUCAUUGCGGGGCUGCUGCGCGGCCGCCAGGAGGAGCGGCUGACCGCCCAGCAGUGUUUGCAGUCCGAGUGGCUUUCGCUCAAGGGCGGCGACAACGUUGGUGUGAACCAGAUCCGGACGGAUAAGUUGAAAAAAUUCAUCAUCCGUAGAAAAUGGCAGAAAACAGGCAAUGCCAUACGGGCCCUCGGAAGGAUGGCAAACUUAUCCGCUUCCCGGCGCGUGUCGGUAGUGCCGCGCGAAACCAACCCCGAAUAGCUGGCAUCAGGAUGCGAUCUAUAGUGCGGGCAGCACGGCCAACAGUACGUCCAGCAGCAGAAUGUUGAGUGUUUCCGAUACCAAAUGAAAGCAUCUGAUGAUAAGCGUAAAUGUUUGAUUGUUAUUGUUUUACCUAUAUACUACGUGUACUAUGCAGACAAAAACUACUACAUCAAUAAAGCAACUAAGUUAGAGCGAACUCUGUAACG